UUCCGGCGCUGCCCAGCGGGCUCAGCGACUUCGGCGCACAAGUGCGGCAGCUCAGCUAGGGCGGGGGGCGGCGGCAGCCACGCUCCGGCCGGGCUCGCCGCGGCUGCGGGCGGCCUCGGGGGGCUCCCGGCCCCCGCCCCACGCCCGCCGCCGGUGCCGCCAUGGGCAAGAAGCACAAGAAGCACAAGACCGAGUGGCGCUCAUCCUACGAGGACUAUGCAGACAAGCCCCUGGAGAAGCCACUGAAGCUGGUCCUGAAGGUCGGAGGAAGUGAGGUGACUGAGCUCUCAGGGUCUGGCCACGACUCCAGCUACUAUGACGACAGGUCAGAUCAUGAGCGAGAGAGGCACAAAGAGAAGAAGAAGAAGAAAAAGAAGAAGUCAGAGAAGGAGAAGCAUCUUGGUGAUGAGGAAAGGAGGAAGCGAAAGGAGGAGAAGAAGCGGAAACGAGAGAAGGAGCACUGCGACACGGAGGGUGAGGCCGACGACUUUGACCCUGGGAGGAAGGUGGAGGUGGAGCCACCCCCGGAUCGGCCAGUGCGAGCGUGCCGGACACAGCCAGCUGAAAACGAGAGCACGCCUAUUCAGCAACUGCUGGAGCACUUCCUGCGCCAGCUUCAGAGGAAAGAUCCUCAUGGAUUUUUUGCUUUUCCUGUCACCGAUGCAAUUGCUCCUGGGUAUUCGAUGAUAAUAAAACAUCCAAUGGAUUUUGGCACAAUGAAAGACAAAAUUGUAGCUAACGAAUAUAAAUCAGUCACAGAAUUUAAGGCAGAUUUCAAGCUGAUGUGUGACAACGCGAUGACCUACAACAGACCAGACACUGUGUACUACAAGCUGGCUAAGAAGAUCCUCCAUGCCGGCUUCAAGAUGAUGAGCAAAGAGCGGCUGUUAGCUUUGAAGCGCAGCAUGUCGUUUAUGCAGGACAUGGAUUUUUCUCAGCAGGCUGCUCUUUUGGGCAAUGAAGAUACAGCUGUUGAGGAACCUGUUCCUGAGGUUGUGCCAGUACAAGUAGAAACUGCCAAGAAAUCCAAAAAGCCGAGUAGAGAAGUUAUCAGCUGCGUGUUUGAGCCUGAAGGCAAUGCCUGCAGCCUGACCGACAGCACCGCAGAGGAGCACGUGUUGGCGCUGGUGGAGCACGCAGCUGACGAGGCGCGGGACAGGAUCAACCGGUUCCUCCCGGGCGGCAAGGUGGGCUACCUGAAGAGGAGCGGGGACGGCAGCCUGCUCUACAGCGUGGUCAACACAGCCGAGCCGGACGCCGACGAAGAGGAGACCCACCCCGUGGACCUGAGCUCGCUGUCCAGCAAGCUGCUGCCCGCCUUCACCACGCUGGGCUUCAAAGACGAGAGAAGAAACAAAGUCACGUUUCUCUCCAGCGCCAGCACCGCACUCUCGACGCAGAACAACUCAGUGUUUGGCGACUUGAAGUCGGAUGAGACGGAGCUGCUGUAUUCGGCCUACGGGGACGAGACGGGCGUGCAGUGUGCGCUGAGCCUGCAGGAGUUCGUGAAAGAUGCCGGGAGCUACAGCAAGAAGAUGGUGGACGACCUCCUGGACCAGAUCACGGGCGGAGACCACUCGAGGGUGCUCCUCCAGCUGAAGCAGAGGAGAAGUGUUCCUGCGAAACCUCCAGACGAAGUGAAGGCUGGGGACACCCUAGGGGAUGGCAGUGGCUCUGUCCUGGACUUUGUGUCGGUGAAGCCGUAUUCUGACGUGUCUCUGGACAUUUCCCUGCUCAGCUCUCUGGGGAAGGUGAAGAAGGAGCUGGAGCACGACGACGGCCACCUGACCCUGGACGAGACCACCAAGCUCCUGCAGGACCUACACGAGGCGCAGGCGGAGCGUGGCGGCUCCCGGCCGUCAUCCAACCUCAGCUCGCUGUCCAAUGCCUCCGAGAGGGACCAGCACCACCUGGGAAGCCCUUCUCGCCUCAGCGUUGGGGAGCAGCAGGAUGUGACCCACGACCCCUACGAGUUUCUUCAGUCUCCAGAACCUGCCGCCUCUACAAAGAACUAGCCUUGCCUCUGGGUGCAGCCGGGAGGUGUGAAGGCGAGUACUGUCCUGCCAGCAGCAGAGGGACACCAGCCUGCAAACCUCGACAGUGGAAAUAACACACACAGGGGGAGGCUGGACUGUGGAGCCGUGUGUGGUCUGUUCUGAGCAUCACGGUGUGGACACGCCUGUCUCUGCCCCACCGUCCUCCUGGGGUGGCCCAGUCUGCUGUCGGCCCUGCAUGCUCCUUUCGGAAGCCACGCUGCGCAGGGUCGUGCGGGGAGCACGCAGCAUGGGCUGGGGUGCGGGCAGCCUCCCGCUUUCUGUGUAACGGACAAGCCUGAGGAAGGAACGUGUUCUGCAGGGAAGAACAAACAGCCUGCCUGUCACCGCAAAACGCGGUGUCUGUAAGUCAUUGGUAACUGGACGUGUUGGCCGGAUGCCUUUGUGUGUCCGCAGAGCUCUAUAAACACAGACCUUAGUGGAGCUCUGCGCAGAGUUCAAGGGCUUAUGCUUGUUCCCGGCCUGGCAAGGGCCCCUCACCGGGACUUCUCCACGAGACCCUUCUUCCUGCUCACCCAGCCCAGUUCUCACACCCACGGUGAUGUCGGGUCUCGCCUGUGCGUCUGGCAGGACCUCCUGCUGGGGCCCUGCCCCUGUGGGACGUCCAGAGUCGAGAGAGCCAGGCGCCCUGGCCCUCUAGCGGCCGGGCACACGCCGAAGCCCACUGUCCUGCGGAGGGAGGGGCCGUGGCUGGAGAGGCCCCAUGGGCAGUGGGCAGCUGCCGCAGGUGUUGCCAGCGAGCCACACGGCCACAGCCCUGUAGAGCGGGCGGCACGGUCCUGCCGGAUGGAGUAUCAGUGCAGCUGUGGCUAGUUUGAGCCGAAAGGAGUCUGGGGUCGGGUGGGGUCGGGUGUGCAGGUCCGUGGCCCGGAGACGAGCCCCAUGUCGAGUCUGGUGAGCAGGUGCCUCUGCGCCACAGGACUCCAGAGGUCGGGCUCCCUGGGAGGAGGGCAGAUGCUUCCUGCAGGUCCCCAGGGUGACCUCCAAGGGCAGUGCCCCUCCCUUUCCCGCAGCGUCCCCUUCCUCCCUGCCCUGCAGGGGCAGCGUGGGGUGUGGUGUGCGCUGUGCAGGAGCCACUGGGGUCUCAGGACGUCGGGGUGGCGUGCGGCGAGAGCCCAGCUUGCUGUCUUUGCCUGGGGUGCUGUCCUUGGCUGGGUGCAGGGAUGUUGCUGCUUCCUGGACGCCAGCCACAGGUGCGGCACAGCUGCCAACUGCUCAGGUGAGGACCUCCGGAAGCCUGGCACCUCGCCCACCCUGCUGCUCAGAAUGGAAGAAGAAAGACCUACCUGACCUAAGGCCUUCGUGUCUUAAAAACUAUUUUGUUUUGGUAAAAUUCAUGACAUAAAAUUAACCAUUGAUCAUU